GUUGAAUUGAAUUGAAGUAGUGUUGUAGUUCGAGUUGUCGAACGUUGACGUUGUGUUGAACGCGACUGUGUAGUGUGUUUAUCGCGCAUCCGUCAAUUGGUUCGCAAUCGCGUAUUAUCGACGAAUUCGAACCGAUAUCCGAUAACCGAACGCAGAACGCUCAAAGCUCGUCUAUAUUCGUCUUCGUUCUUCGUCACUUUUUCGUUUUUUCGUAAUUUUUGUUUGGUUAAGGUGAAAUUUUUACCGAUAAUUAGCCGUCGUCGUCGGUUAUUUGCUUUGCGUAUCUUAUCGCGUACUUAGCGUGUGUGUAUUCUGUAUUGUAUGUGUGAUGUGUAGUAUAUUAUUUCGAUUGGUGCGAGUCGAGAGUUGGUCUUGACUCUAGUCGUCCAAAGUGUUUAUACCGAGUGAUCACGUAUCGCGUACUUUUUUACGUGAUUCUGAUUAUCCAUCGACUAGGGUACCUCUAUACAUGUCAUCGGCUAUAAUUGUAUCUCAAUUGUGAUUUUUUAGUGCGAAAAAAAAAGUGAUAGACGCGAGUGCGUUUUGUGAUAGCUACAAUUUUCUAAAUGUCAACGUCGUAGCAGCUGUAAAGCAUUAAUCCACCGUACAUCAUAUUCCAUCAUGUCGAGUCCGGUUUGUUUGGGGCAACCACCUUUGCCACCCAAGAAAUUCUCCAAAGUGUCCAUGUUGCAGAAUUUCCUGAAAUCCGAUAAAAGCCAAUCGUCGAAACUGCUGAGAAGGUAUUCGCUGCGUAAAAAACACCCGGACCGAUUUUCCUGCACUUAUCAAAGUUUCAGCAAGGAUCUAUACGAAGGGGGCGCGGUUUCGAUUCGUAGCGCUGCCAGCAUCAAUGGCGGCGGUAAAGGCAAAGGCAACGCUAACGCCAUCAAGGGCGACAAUGCCAAUUCCAAAUUCGCCGGAAAGUUCCCUUAUUCGGAUUUCUGCGAGAGUACGACCUCAUUAUCGGGCGCUCGUAGCCGGCGAAAUUCGCUCAAUUCCAUCUUGACCUUAUCCAGAAGCCAUUCCGAUGGUAAUCUGUCGUCGGUUUCUGACGAUGCGGCCAUCUUCGUGAAUAAUGCAAAUCAGCGGCGCAACGAAGACGACAACGACGUCGAUGUCGAUGACCAUCGACACCCGCACGCCUUUCAUAAUAUCACCGUACCUUGCACUGCAGCCGGCGAACAACAAGGAAGCCUUUCCAAGUAUUUUCGCGCUUUGAGCGGUAGCUGGAAAAAUCUACUCAAUCUUGGGGGAAUGAACAGGCCACAAAAGUGCGCCCCGCAGAUAAAGAAGGUGGCCCCUCCCUCAGUACCAGAUAAUUCGACGUACAGACACUCUGGAAGCAGUUUCAGCUCAGCUGGAUACAGUAGUUCGGGAGAAGAUAGCUGUUUUUCGGAUCCCAUUUCCAAAGAUGGCCUGGAUGGUGGCGAGUGCUACGGUAUGCCGGGAAGAUCUCCUAAUAGUCAAUUCAAUUAUCCGGCGUUUACGUUUCCCGGAAACGGUGUUCCUGCUGGACAGUAUACUCAAAUUCACGCUGCCAAAAAUGCCGUUUACUACCAUCACCAAUUAUCGCUACAGGAAGAUCAAGGAAUCGAUAUGACGCAGAGCCCUGGCCGUGAUAGUCCUGGUUCGUCUGGAUCCGGUUCCGGUUCACGGCAUUCUACGGCAAGUGUAGAUAGCGGACGAGCGUCCGGAUGUCAUCUGACGACGCCGCAUUGCAGAUCUUCGAUGUCUACCUCUUCGGUAGGCUCCGUCGAUCAUAAUAUUCCAGCCAAAGUUGAGCGAUUGCUGCAGAGUGGAGUUCCUGAUCACGAUGUAUUACAUAGCUGGCUACUAGAUUUACAUUUUGAAGAAUAUUUUCCUCUGUUCGUGGCUUCCGGUUACGAUAUGCCAACAAUUGUCAGAAUGACCCCAGAGGAUUUAACUGCUAUCGGUAUCAAGAAACCAAAUCAUCGGAAGCGAUUAAAAGCGGAAAUAGCGCAAUUGAAAAUAUCUGACGGUCUUCCGGAAUACAUUCCAGGUUCCUUAAACGAGUGGUUACAGCUGUUAAGAUUAGAAGAAUAUAAACCAGCUCUGGCUAGUCAAGGUUACGAAACAAUUGAAGACGUAUUGCAAUUAACGUGGGAAGAUUUGGAAGAUAUUGGAAUUGUUAAAUUAGGUCAUCAGAAACGAUUAUUAUUAGCUAUUAAACGAGUCAAAGAUCUCAAAGCCGGCAAGAUAUUCCCGAAACCGAGUUUAAAUUUAAUUCAAACGCAGGUAAGCAUCGAAUCACAUUCUCCGUGCAGCACUGUAAGUUCCAAUGUCUCGUACGAUCUCGAUUGUCCUCGUGUACAUACAACAUAUCAUAGUUUCCACCAACCGUGGGAACUGGAAACUACUCAACAGUUAUAUUAUCCAACUGCUGAUAUUGUGCCAAUAAAGAUACGAAAUCCGAGAGGAAAAUCGCUGGAGAGUUUGAAAGAUGGAACGAAUAAUGUGGCAACCAACGGUACGAGUAGUUUUGUACCCGGUGUUCCGCAACAGUUGCCCGUUUUCGGAUGGAAGUAUCGUAGCUACGACGAUGGAGAUAUCACGCCGACCAAUGAAAAUUUAACCUUUCACGAAGGCGGUGGUACGUUGCCUCGACCCAGAGGUCUAGUCAGACCUAGGCCAGUUGCUAAAAUACCUGCUACCUUGUGCCAGUCUUAUAGAAAUGAAGAACAAAAUACAACGAACGAAAUUAAAAAGAAACCUCCGUCCCCUCCGAAAAGACACUCGGAAAGCAUUACCGUCGUAGCUGAUCUUCACUGUACGCAUAUUCCGCCGGAUCCGGCUCCUUCGACGCCUCCGUGGAGUGCCGAAGAACGCCAGUUGAUCGCCUCGUUGAAAGCUCAAGGAGGUUCCGAUAGCAGCUUUAAGUCAAGUAGUUCUAGCACAGAAUCAGAUUCUAUACCAUUUGCCAAUGAAAAUGCCGGUACGAUUAAGCAGAGGAUUAGUAGAUCAAAUUCUGAAUAUAGUCAGUCACAUAUUGUUAAUGUUAAAUCAGCGUUACCAACUACCGAAUCAGAUAUCAGUUUAAAGAAAUUAAGUAAAGAACCAACCGAUGUAUUAGACGAUAUCGGAAACAUGUUAGCCAACUUGACAGAUGAGCUAGACGCGAUGCUAGAAGAAGAAAAAAGACAAGGAUUGAACGAUGAUUGACAGUGGCUGUCAACGUCGCUUUAAAUUCAAUCGACAAGUCUUUGAAAUGGUUCCUAUGUGUUUGCCGUUGUACCUAUUUUCUAGUAGGUAUGGAAUACCCUCGUGUACAGAUUGUAGAAAAAAGUUAUGCAACGAAUUUUAAUUCUACGAAUAGAUCUCAGUUUAUAUAGAUUUUAGGAUAUUUCGUUCUCACGUGGCCAUAUACCUGCAGUGAUUCUUUCUCUUACUAAUCUUAUUUUGUAGAACUUUGUACUAAGAAAUUUUAUAAUGUUUGUUUUUUUUUACCUACCAAUUUUCAACGUGUUUUAAUUAUUUUACUUGUUUGGCGCGGCGCAGUGAUUGAAUUUUGCAACGCUCAUCGCGUCCACUGCCUGGUCAAAAAUAUCAAAUAUAAAAAUGAUCAUAUCAUGAAUUUGGGCGAUCUACUCUAGUUAUCCUAUACUAUAUGUUGCAUUUAUUUUUAUUAAUAAAUAUCGAAACAUAUCAGGUUUUUAUCCCAUCUUCGUCAUCGCGAAUUCGAAUAAAGCUACUUAUAAUAACUGGAAACAUUUAUUUUCGAUAUAGUAACUUUUAUUAGAAUUUUCUCGUUCGAGUUUGAAAGUUUUUCCAUUUCAUUAUUAUCAUUUACUAUCACGAAGGCAGCAGCGAAUUUUUAACUUAUCACAGUGUCUUUUGUCUUGUACAAGUUGUUAUUUUUUAAUUGACACUUUAAACGUAAUUAGAAAAAAAUGUUUAUCGAGUACUAAAAAGUAAUAAAAUUUUACCCGCGUAUUAAUCGUAAGUGACAACUGGAACAAAACAUAAUAAUAUGGAAUUUCUAUUGUUAUUUUAUAUUAUUAAUUAAAUAAUUCGUAUUA